AGUAGGGAACCUCUAUGACAGCAUCAGCAUCCUGCACAAACUCUUUACUCGACCAGAAGAACAUAAAAAACCAGAAGACAGACCAUCUAAAGGAAAGAAAAAAGAAGAGCAACACCAAACUGAAGCCAUGAUCUCCACACUACGGAAAACCAUUAGACCGGUUUGGGCUGUCAGAGGAGUGCACAUGUCUGCCGUGGAAGUCAUGAAGCGUCCUGCCCCUGAGGACACAGUCACAGCCAGCUUCGGGAGGUUUAUCAGUGAAGUAAAGCCACGGCACUUGUCCUCCGUAGUCCUCCAGCGCAGUAAAAGAAUGCUACUGGACAGUAUUGGAGUUGGUCUGAUUGGAAGCACAACAGAAGUGUUUGAACUGGCCCUGCAGCACUGCCAGCACAUGUAUGCUCCUGAUGACAUCAGUUUCGUUUAUGGACGUAAGGACACCAGACUCUCCCCGACACUGGCAGCCUUUGUCAAUGGAGUAGCAACUCAUUCCAUGGACUUUGAUGAUACGUGGCAUCCUGCCACUCAUCCCUCAGGAGCAGUUCUUCCUGCUGUGUUCGCUCUCAGUGACAUGAUGCCAGCUAACAACAAACCUAGUGGCCUGGACUUCCUGCUGGCGUUCAAUGUUGGCAUCGAGAUCCAAGGUCGACUGAUGAGAUUCUCUAAUGAGGCCCAGAACAUCCCCAAGAGGUUUCACCCCCCAAGUGUGGUGGGGACCAUGGGCAGUGCAGCAGCAUGUGCCAGACUCUUGUCCUUGAAUGAAUCCCAGUGUAGUCAUGCACUGGCCAUAGCUGCAUCUCUCUCUGGAGCUCCAAUGGCUAAUGCUGCCACCCAAUCCAAACCUCUCCACAUUGCUAACGCUGCCCGUUUGGGGUUAGAGGCUGCUCUGCUGGCCUCCCGAGGAUUAGAGGCAAGUCCUCUGGUCCUGGAUGAAGUGGCAGGAGUGGCCGGCUUUAAUGCUUUUUAUGAAGACUACAUCCCACGGCCUUUGGAAUCACCCAGUGAUGGUGGCUGUAUGUUCCUGUUAGAGGAGCAGGACAUGGCCUUCAAGCGCUUCCCAGCUCAUCUGGGGAUGCACUGGGUCGCAGAUGCUGCAGCCUUGGUCCAUAAGCUUCUUGUGGGCGUUGGCUCAGGUACUGUCUCCCCAGCUCACGUCCAGGAAAUUCUGCUCAGAGUCCCCCACUCCAAAUACAUCAACAGGCCUUUCCCAGAGUCUGAGCAUCAAGCGCGUCACUCCUUCCAGUUCAACGCCUGCUCUGCUCUCCUGGAUGGUGAAGUGACCGUGCAGUCGUUUACCCCCAGCGCCAUUAGGAGGCCUGACCUGCUGGAGAUGCUGAGCCGUGUUCGUGUCGAGCAUCCCCACGACAACCAAGCUAAUUUCAACUGCAUGUACGGCGAAGUACAGGUAACGCUUGUUGGAGGAGACAUUCUAAAGGGACGCUGUGACACUUUCUAUGGUCACUGGCGCAACCCACUGACCAAUGAGAGCCUCAGAAAGAAGUUCAGGAACAACGCAGGGGCGGUGCUUCACUCAGACAAUGUUGAACAGCUGAUAGAGGUGGUGGAAGACCUUGACAGACUUGAAGACUGCACCCCCCUUCUCUCACAGCUUCAAUAAAACACCAACAAAACAAAUUAGUAAACAUAAAAUAUAAGAACACUCUAUGAAGAAUAUUAGUUUUCCAAACUGUGUACAGGCUUUACAUAAUGUUACAUAAUGUGACGUAUUUCUGUUUCUGAAAAAUUGUAUACUUAAGGUCUGAAGGUGAUCUUUUACUAUGUAUUUAUCUACUGUACAUUACACAUUAAUUU